AUGGCAGCCACGUAUGGUGAUCUACGCCACUUGCUUCCGGGCAGUUACAAACAUCAAAUUACUUCCUGGCUGGAGGAGGAUUGUCCCAGCUUCGACUAUGGCGGGUUCGUCGUCGGUGAAUCGGAGGGAGAGGCUCGACUACUAGGGAAAAGCAAGGGCAUCGUGGCCGGAGUACCUUUUUUCAACGAGGUCUUUUCCCAAUUAGGAUGCACAGUCGAAUGGCACGUCCAAGAAGGCCAACCUAUCGAACCCAUCAAACACUGCGCCACUAUCAGAGGCCCCAUCCGAAAGAUCCUCCUGGGAGAGCGUGUCGCCCUGAAUAUCCUCGCCCGCUGCUCCGGAAUUGCAACCAAGAGCGCUUCGCUGGUCGCCGUCGUGCGCUCCCAGGGCUGGAACGGUAUCCUGGCCGGUACCCGCAAAACCACCCCGGGUUUUCGCGUUGUCGAGAAAUAUGGGAUUCUCGUCGGAGGCGCCGACCCCCAUCGGCACGACCUGAGCUCCAUGACCAUGUUGAAGGAUAAUCAUGUCUGGGCCUGCGCAAACAAUAGGGCCGCCGGUGAUGGCGGCGUUCCCACUUCCACAGACUCCAUCGCGGCCGCCAUUCCCCGUGCCGUCCAAUCUGCAAAGGCGGUGGGAGGCUUCUCUACUAAGGUCGAGGUCGAGUGUCGGAGCUUGGAGGAGGCCCAUGCCGCGAUUGGCGCCGGCGCUGACGUGAUUAUGCUAGACAACUUCACUCCAGACGGCGUCUGGGAGGCCGCCAGGAAACUCAAACACGAUUGGGCUGGCAAGAAGCAGUCGUUUCUCAUUGAAGUCAGUGGUGGCCUGAACGAGAGUAACGCUGCUUCAUACGCAUGCCCCGACGUCGAUAUUCUCUCGACCAGUUCCAUCCACCAAGGCACCGGGAUCGUCGACUUCUCCCUCAAGGUCUCGUUGCGGUGA